GAGGCCUGUAGCUCAAGUCGCCAUUUUCUUGCCAUCGAAAACGAACCGAGGAGACCAACUGACGGCGGCGGAAAAAUACCGUCGAGUUGGGCCAUAGUUCUUCAUGGUUGUCGGCCCAACCGUUAUCUCGAUGAAUUAAUGGACUGUCUGCUGCUACGUGGUAAUGCUAUUGGUCCGGCUGCUGUAGCUUGGUUCGGGUGUCGGAAGAUGGAGGACCAGGCGGCCCGGGAAGACGCCUGCAGGGAGUACCAGUCCUCGCUGGAGGACCUGACGUUCAACAGCAAGCCGCACAUCAACAUGCUCACCAUCCUGGCCGAAGAGAACAUCCAGUUCGCCAAGGAUAUCGUGGCUAUUAUUGAAGCUCAAAUCAGCAAGGCGCCGGCCGCUGAGAAGCUCCCAGUUUUGUACUUAGUGGACUCCAUAGUGAAGAACGUUGGAGGAGAGUACCUUGCAGUGUUUGCUAAAAACCUAAUCGCUUCAUUUAUUUGUGUCUUUGAAAAGGUAGAUGAGAACACCAGGAAGAGCCUGUUCAAGCUGCGCUCCACCUGGGACGACGUCUUUCCGCUCAAGAAGCUCUACGCCCUGGACGUCCGGGUCAACUCCCUGGACACGGCCUGGCCCAUCAAGCCRCUGCCGCACAACUUCAACUCCACCUCCAGCAUCCAUGUCAAUCCCAGGUUCCUCAAGCAGCCUGAGGAAAAGGCCCAAACGCAGCCGGUCCCGGCCAAGCCGGCGCCGGUGGCCCCGACCCCCUCACCCCCUCUUCUGGCGGUCCCCCAGACAGCCCCGGCUGGGCUGACCCAGGAGCAGCUGAUCCGGCAGCAGCUGCUGGCCAAACAGAAGCAGUUGCUGGAGCUGCAACAGAAGAAGAUCGAGCUGGAGCUGGAGCAGACGAAGGCCCAGCUGGCGGGACAGGGUGGCCUGGUGCUGCCACCAUCUAUCGGGUCGGUUCCGACCGAGUCAAGCCCGUCUCAGAGACCGGGUCAGCAGGUUCCUCCACCCAUCCGGCCCUGGAUCCCCCCACAGCCUCCUGCCGACCCCAAGCUGUCCACCAGAGACCCCCGACUGAACCGCAGCGGACCUCUCGCCGCACCCCAGCCUGCUGCCAAGAGGCAGAGCCCGCACCCCCCUGCUGGGGCGUCGGCGGCCCCCGCCGAGAAGAGGGCACCAGAGAAACCCCCCCGGCAAGAAAAAAACCGGCCCCCCAGGAAGGACCCGCCAGAGGAGAAGCUGAAGUCCAAGUCUCCGUCUCCGCUGGCCAGAGGYCCGCAGAGCAGGAGCAAACAGGCAGAGGCGGAGACGCCCAAACCCGCUGAGGCCCCUAGGAAGGACCCUCGGCUGAAGAAGCGUCUGUCGGAGAAGCUGGCCGAGGCCAAAGACGACGAGCUGAAGGAGAAGAAGCGCUGCGUGGACAAGAAGGAGCGGGACGAUGCGCUGCGGAGAGCCGAGCCUCCCAGGUCCAACAAGACCAAGCCUCUGAACGGACUGGCGCCCAAACACGACCAUCUGGAGCCCGCCGACAAGCCCGACCCAAAGCCUGGCACCACCACCACCCGCAGGAAGCGCACACACUCCCGGUCCCGCUCACGAUCCCCUACUAGCUCCCCCAAGAGGAAGGACCGGCGUUCGCCCAAGAGCCAUGCCCGCAGCGGCUCCCUGUCGCCGUCCCACAAGGCUGGGAAACCUCGGAGGGUCCGUGGUGACGACAACCCCCACGGCAAGCCAGGCCGAGAUGACCGGCCUGGCGCCAAGAAGGCUCAGUCGGACAGCAGGAGGCCAAAAAGGCUGCAGGAGGAGCGCCGUUCUGAAUCCAGGGACUCCCACUCCCCACGAGGUCACGACGGGGUCAAGGAGACCAAGGAGUCACAGCAUCGCUGGAGGAGUGGCUGGGAGGAGAAUAAACACACGAAGCAGCCUGAGGACUCCCAUACCAAGUCUGGACCUCCCCGACACAAACCCCAUGGCACCCCGACCCGGCCUGGCACCCCCAGGAACCAGAAAAUCCGUCUCAGCGUGGACGCCAACCUGCAGAUUCCUGAAGUACUCAACUCCGCCUCCAAGAAGGACCUGCUGAGGAGGGCCAGCAAGCGUCUAGAGAGUGGAGAGAUUUCCCAGGAGGACUUCCUGAACAUGGCACACCAGAUCAAACACUUCUUCCAGUACCAGGAGGAGAAGCAGCAGCGCUCAGAGAGCUGGGACGAGUCCGGAGACUUCUCCAUGAAGAAGCCGUCCAUUUCCCGCCCCCAUGACACAAUGGACGCAGCUGAGCUGUCCUACUACSAGCACAAGUCCAAGCUGAGGAAGACCCAGGUUAACCACAGAGUCACAGGCGAGGAAGGCCACGAGACUCCAGAGGACGUUGGGGACCCGAGACCGGGAGAGAAACUGGGAGGACGGAGCGGUGGACACCCGUACGGACGGCCAGGUGAACGGAGGAGCAAGGAGAGAGAGGAGGURCGGACCCCUCAGGCCCCCAUGGUGGAGGAGUACAACCACGGGAAGGAGUUCCCCAAGCUGACGGGGCUCCGGUUCCGCAGGAGGGACCGCCCUGGAGAUUCCAGUGAGCGGGAGUGGACGUCGCCACUGACAGAGCGACAGCUCUACGACGACGAGCACAAGAGCGGCUAUGAUGCCCCGCGGAGAUAUGGCCCCGCUGACACACGCCGGCAGGACGGGCCCUCCCCCGUCUCUGGGGGCCGCAGGAACUCCCCAGGGCCAGCUGGUCUGGAGGCUCCGCCUCCUAGAUUUGAGMGGGAGCGCCUGUCGCCUUUGCAUCAGAAAGACUCGGCAGACAUGAGUCCGGUUCCUCGCUUUGAAAGUCCCAACAGCGAGCACUCUGACGAGGGGCCCCUGGAUGCCCCCGUUCCUCACCUCACCAGCCUGAAGGGGCCACCCCGYGGAGGGCCUCUGUCUGGGGUCCGACACAGCGACUCCCCAGGGCACACACCGCCCCAUGAAGGAGGACAUGCCCCCUCGCGCUACAGUGGCCCCGGGCACAUGGGCCCCWCCAGACCGCACCGGCCCGGCUGGUAUGAAGGUGGUGGCCCCAGCCGUUUCGAGGAGCCGCAGUUUGAGGGGCCCCACCACCCUGGCCCCGGCAGAUUCGAGGGCCCGGCGCACCAYAAUAUGGCAGAGAGGACUGAGGGCUCCGGGCCCUGUGAGGGGCCCCGCAUGGCCAUGAGAGGAGGAGGAGAUGGGCCGUUUGAUGGGCCCCCACAAGGCCCCAGCAGGUUUGGAGGCCCUGUAGGCCAGCAGCAGUCGGUCAGGUUUGAGGGACAGAUGGGGGUGCCCAGUCACUUGGAGGGCCCCAUGCAGCGUUUCGAUGGGCCGGGGCCCUUCAACAAUAUGGGUCCUGGCCCAAUGGGCUUCCAGCAGCAGCGGCCCCUCCGCUUUGAGGGCCCCACUAACCAAAUGGGUCCAAUGAGAUUUGACGGCCCCAGUCGCUUCGAGAGCCCCGGACCAGGCCCCAGGUUUGAUCUGCCUGGGGGCCCCCACCAAGCGGGACCUCAUCAACCUGGGCCCCCACGCUUUGACUAUGCUCCUGGCCAGCAGGGUCCACCCAGGUUCCCCCCUCAGCACAACAUCCAGCUGCCCAUGCAGCCCAUGGCCCCGCCCCUCUACGAUGGCCCCAUGGGCCCCCAGCAGAGCUUCGGCAUGGCCCCCCAGCGGUUCCCAGAACCCAUGAACCCUCAGUUCACCCCUGGCCCCAACAUGCUGCCGGCAGCAAACUUCAACAUGCAGCCGGUCCCGUUCAGCCAGCCAGGCCCCGGGCCCUUCUACAACCCUGCAGCUCCCGCCAUCAGCAUGCAGCAGCCGGGCCCCAUGAUGGGGAACCUGAACCAGCCCUUCCUGCCUCAGAACCCAGUGCCUUUCGGACAGCAGGCUGCGCAGGCGGCUCCUGCAGAGAACCACUUUGGUCAGCUGGACGUCAACGACCUUCUGUCCAAACUCAUUUUCAACGGCAUCAUCAAGCCGCCGUCGCAGGCUGAGUCUUCGCAGACCGCCAGCGAGUCAUCGUCCACAACAACYGCCCCGACUCCAGCUGUGGAGGAGGAGGAAGAGGAGGAGCCSGAGGUGGAGGAGGACGAAGACCUGCCAGAUCUGACCAGCUUCAGCAUCGACAGCAUGAAGCAGUGAGUCACAGAUGUUACACUAGCGGUUCU